ACUAGACACGGCCACCACGACACGACGAGUCGACAACACCGCCAUCUGUCUAGCAUACAUAGGUGUACCCUAGGGACCCUAGGGUGAGCUCGCACGAUCAGCUGCGCGCGCACGUUUCAACGAAGCACAAACGAAAGUGUGGACUGUGCAGGAAUAAGGCGCAGAGGAACAUAAUAAACACGUGCUAAGGCUUCCUCAAUGAAGCGGUUUAUAUAUACCGAUUCGACUUUGAUUUUUACAAAACUUUAAUUUUUGUUCGAAGGAAGCAACAUGACUGACAAAGGUUUUGAGAAGAUGCAAGAGAAUCACGUUGCACAGAUGGAUGGAAAAAGUGAGUCUGAGAGUGACGACGAUUGGGAGGAGAUGAACGAUGAGGUCCAGGUCCUCGAAUGCCUCUUCUGCAAUAUUAUUAGCAACAACUUGACAGAUGCCUUGAAGCAUCUUGAGUCAGCACAUAACUUCAGCUUUGCGUUUUUCAAGAGCAACCAUGGUUUGGAUGUUUAUUCCUAUAUCAAGUUGAUUAAUUUUAUAAGGAAGAAUGAUAUACAGCCAGAAGAACUGAAUGAAAUAACUGUGAAAAGUUGGGAAAGCGAUAAGUAUUUGACUCCAGUGAUUCAAGAUGAUCCAUGGCUUAUGCUAGAUGUGGAUGAAUUAGGAGAUGUGCCAAAUUCAAACGAAUAUACUGCUAACUCAGAGAAUGAAGGUGUCACACUGUCAGAAAUCCAUUUUGCUGAGCUGCAGAGAACCAUCCAAUCUUUAAAAGCUCAAUUAGAACAACGAGAUUUAGCAUGCUUAUUAGCAAAACAACAAAUUGAAGAAAUGACAAAGAAGGCACAAAAAUUAGUACUCGAUGAAGACGAUGCACUAAAGCCAAAAGAAAGAUGUGUCAAAAAUAAUACAAAUGACCAGGGAUACUUUAAUACUUAUAGCCAUUUUGCUAUUCAUCAUGAAAUGUUAACUGUAAUUGGCGACAAAGUACGGACAGAAAGUUAUCGCGAUGCCCUUCUUACAAACUCGAACAUAUUCAACAACUGUAUAAUGCUUGAUGUUGGUUGUGGUACCGGAAUUCUUUCAAUGUUCGCUGCAAAAUCUGGUUGUAAGAAAGUUAUAAGUGUUGAUCAGUCAGAUAUCAUUUACCAUGCAAUGGACAUAGUCAGGGAAAAUAAUCUUACCAAUAUUAUAGAAUUGAAGAAAGGACGACUUGAAGAUAUUGAUUUAGAUGUUGAAAAGGUUGAUGCUAUUGUGUCAGAGUGGAUGGGAUACUUCUUGUUAUUUGAGGGUAUGCUGGAUUCAGUAAUUUAUGCAAGGGACCAUUACCUUUCGCCAGGUGGUAAACUUUUACCAAACAGAUGUACAAUCAGUCUUGUAGGCAGCGGAGACACGAAACGCUAUAUCGACUUGGUCGAUUACUGGUCCAACGUGUACGGUUUCAAAAUGAGCUGUAUGAAAGCCGAGGUUGUGAGAGAGCCGAGCAUUGAAUUUUGCAAUGCUCAGGACAUAGUGACGAACGUCGCUGAAAUACAAUCCUUUGAUCUCUACAAAGUAACUACCGAUUGCGUAAACUUUGUAUCACCGUUCAGCCUUACUGUCAAGAGAAGUGGUUCAUUAACAGCAAUUAUCGGUUAUUUCGAUGUAUUUUUCGACUUGGAUAAUCCUGUGCACUUCAGUACGGGACCACAUGCAACUCCAACUCACUGGAAGCAGACGGUCUUUUCACUCAGCGAACCAAUCAGCAUAACAGAAGGUGAGAUUGUGACAGGCAAAUUGAUUUGUCGAAGACAUCCCAAGGAUAUCCGAGGUUUAAUCGUGACCAUCCAAAUUAAGGACUCCAGUCAAGUUUACUACCUAGAUUAAGAAUGAAACGGACGGCUAGCGUUUCAUGCACUUCUACGACCACAAAUAUUUGCGUUAACAAUCUUUAGAAAUACUGUAUCUAUUUCUACAUGUAAGUUAAAUUGUACGAUGCACGAUACGCUUUUUUCGUAUCAGAAACACAUUCACAGAAUUAACUAUUUUUCGGAAGAAAUAUUCCAAAAACGUCCUAUUUUUGCUAUCUAUAUUUUCCGCAAAGGCAAGUGAGAAUCAGAUUCGCGCACACAAUUACGCCAUAUCAUUUUUUUGCUGCACAAUACCAUCUUUAAAACAUACUUUUGAAAUUUAAGUCGAAAGUUUAAAACUGAUGCAUGGAUAUUACCAGUUUGUUAGAGACAGUUUUAACAUUAUAAGCUUUAACAAUCAACAGUAAAUAUAUUUAUGACCAUGAGUAAGCUUUGCAUAAGUCAGAAAAGUACCGAAAAAAGGAAAAAAAUUAUGAUGCAUUCUCAAUUUUACCAUCUCAUUUUCGAGAUUCGUGUUUCUUUACAGAAGCGUUACAUAUAUAUAAAAAAUAGUUCCAAUCUUCCGAAUUUCGUGCCUUUAGAACGCUUGCUAAUUUUUGCCACAGAAUUGAAGAAAAAAUAUGAAAAAAAAAAAUGUACUGUACCUUGUAAGAAAAACUUUAAUACGUAGUAAGUAAUCGUCGAUUUAAGAAUUAAAACUCAAUACCAACAGGUUGUUAAAUAUUAAAAGAAAGAUAAACGAAAACAGAAGAUAGUAAACUACCGAUAUUCCGCCAGUUCAAUAAGAAACUUGUAAAGAUCCUUAUGAUCGAAGAUAUUUUUUUGCAUAUUGCAACUGCUAUAUAUACACAAGUAGAUAGGAUUGACGAAUUUAUGAUGAAUAAUUUUCUCGCUACCGCUAUUCAGAUGGUUUGAAAAAUAGUUAACGAUAAUGAUGAACACAAUAUUUAAAGGGCUUUGAUCAAGGUAAUAUUUUGGAUCAAAUUACUUGAGCUUUUCGAUUGCUUUUAUGAAUAAACUAUUGAACCAACGACUUUUUAACGAUAGCUUAUACAUGAUAAUAAUCUUUGUCCAUAGUCGCUGCGUUCGCGAUGAAUUUGCGAUUACUAUUCCGAAAUAAAAAGAUUCAAAUCUCUUAUAAUUCUGUGAUAUAGUAAGUUAGAGAGAAAAGCUGUUCGUUAUUAAAAAAGAAUUAAAGGGCUUGUAACGCGCCGUUAAAAUUUUAGAAUUAAAUAGUAUUCAAAGUACAGGAGUUUAAAAAAAGUUUUGCGACAGGCUAACUUUAACCUCGACGUUAUUACGGAGUUCCAGUAACCGAAUUAUGUACCGCCACUCAAAUACAUUUACGAAUUUACAAAACCUUUCAAUUUAAAUGACAAAGGUGAUUGCUUGAACCAUGCUUCCGAUAAACCGAAUCAACUGUUAUACAUUGUUACUAUAUAGUAUGAAUCGCUUGUAUACAAUAAGUGACAAAAUGAAUGUGCGCGUAGGGAUUUCGCUAGGUAGUUUAGCAUCAGGUAAAGGUUUAUGAAAUGUACGCACUUCCAUAAUGCUUUGUUAAAUGAUCUUAAUAUUUAUGCAUACUUAUGUAUAUUAUACAUAUAUAUAUAUAUAUAUAUAUAGAAUAUAUUACAAAAAAA